UCUGAACACUAUUCUGUUGACCGCAGUAUUCACUGAAUGUAUGGUUAAUGUGGACGUAAUUGUCGUACGAGUGAGUCGUGCAGUGAAGUGUGAAUUGCAUUGAAUUUGUUUCACAACAACAUUUGGCUAAAGACUUCGUGUCCAUCGGAUCCCAAGUGAUGACUAUCACAGAUGACGUCCAACUGCCCACAUAUGAAGAGCUUGAUGUGCAGGAGAUAAACGUGUCGCAGCCGGUGCUCAAGGCAUCGGCCAUGCAUUUCGGCAAAUACUGCGACCAGAUAUCAAAGGAAUUCAUGUUAUGUCGCAUCGAGGAGAGAGAUCCGCGCAAAUGUCUGUCGGAGGGGAAGGCUGUGACGGCGUGUGGACUCGACUUCUACCGUCAGGUGAAGAAGAACUGUCGCAACGAAUUGGAGAAGUUAUCCAAAUGUAUGGAAUGGACUGAUUAUGACCUCAAGUUCUGGUAUUGUCGCAAAGAGCAGGGACUGUACGACCAGUGCAUGACUGAGAAGAUGGAGACCGCCGUUGGGGUACUUCACGCAAAACUGAAAGUAACGUAUUUCGACGACACGUUUCCCACGACUAAAGAGCAGAAGGCGUUUGAGAGGAAUCUGUUCAAUAAGACCCAUAGAGCUAAUGCUGAGAUCAUUAUGUUGGACGGACUCACGUGUGUCUACCGGAGCUCUGUUGACCUCUACUUCUACGUGAUGGGCAGUUCCAAUGAGAACGGGCUAAUAUUGGCGUCAGUUAUGAACUGUUUAUUUGAGUCGAUAUCUCAUAUACUGAAGAAGAAUGUGGAGAAACGCAAUCUCUUGGAUAACUUGGAUAUUGUUAUACUAGCUUUGGAUGAGAUAUGCGACGGAGGGAUUAUACUGGAGUCGGAUCCCGUUGCUGUGGUACAGCGCGUAGCCUUAAAACCCGAUGACAUCCCAUUAGGCGAGCAAACGGUAGCCCAAGUGCUGCAGUCGGCGAGAGAGCAGCUCAAGUGGUCUCUCUUACGAUGAAUUCAUUGAAACCAUAGAAACAUUUUUGAAAAUAUUAUGUAAUUUAUUACUGUUUUGAUUAAAUAAGUCAUUUAUUUCUAUAUUAAGCACUCAUUGUUCUUUAAUAUACUGUAAUUCAUUUGUCGG